CGCCCGCGAGCUGCCCCCGGGAUCGGUGGCCGUUACCUCCCAGGGUCCUGGACCGCAGCCUUCCGCACUCAGGGGCUUGGAUCUCCCCUCCCGGACGCAAAAGCCCAGCUCCCCUCUUCCUGGAGCUCUUGUCUCCCGUCCCCCAGGUUCAAGCUUCCCAGCCUCCGUUUCCAGGACCCCGGCGCCCCGGAUCCCUGCCUCCCGGAUCGGCGCUACCGGGACGUGGCCUCUUGAGGACCUCUGCCACUUGGACGCCUUCAGCCUUCCAGAGCCCAAGAACCCCUGUCCCAGCCUGAUACACUCCUGUAUUCCCAUCCCUAGGGCCGAGAAACCCAGGGGCUCCCAGCUUUCGGGCGCAGGACACAACCUGGAAGAGCAGAGGAGCCUCGGCGCCCAGCUUCGGGAUCUCAGACACUCCAGCUUCCACGAGCCAAGGAACCCCGGCGCUGUGAACUCCCAGCUCCAAGGAACCCUCCAAAGUUCCGGCCUCCAGGCUGUGUUACAAAACUCUCCGUUCUAAGGAACGUCGGCGUUCCAGGAAGGAGCCCCCCAAGCGCUCGCAGCUUCCAGACGCCGCAGAACUCCGGGGGGCGUUCCAACAUGGUGGCCGAUCCCCCGCGCGGAGACCCCAAGGGGUUCGAGGCGGCCGAGCCCACCGGGAACGGUGCCCCGACGUUGCUCCCUAAAGAGGACCCCGACCCGGCAGGAGGCCGCUGCUGCGGUUCCCGGGAGCGGGUGCGCCGCUGCCUUCGCGCCAACCUGCUGGUGCUGCUGACGGUGGCGGCCGUGGUGGCAGGCGUGGCGCUGGGGCUGGGGGUCUCGGGGGCCGGUGGCGCGCUAGCGCUGGGCCCCGCGCGCCUGGCGGCCUUCGCCUUCCCCGGCGAGCUGCUGCUGCGCCUGCUGAAGAUGAUCAUACUGCCGCUGGUGGUGUGUAGCCUGAUCGGCGGCGCCUCCAGCCUGGACUCGAGCGCGCUCGGCCGCCUGGGCGCCUGGGCGCUGCUCUUUUUCCUGGUCACCACGCUGCUGGCGUCCGCGCUCGGCGUGGGCUUGGCGCUGGCCCUGCGGCCGGGCGCCACCUUCGCCGCCAUCAACGCCUCGGUCGGCGCCACGGGCGCCGAGGAAGAGGCCCCCAGCAAGGAAGUCCUCGAUUCGUUCCUGGAUCUUGUGAGAAAUAUCUUCCCCUCCAACCUGGUGUCCGCAGCCUUCAGCUCAUACAGUACCGUCUAUGAAAGCAGAUGGAUCAACGGAACCAAGGUGAAGGUGCCCGUUGGGGAUGAGGUAGAUAGUAUGAACAUCCUGGGCCUGGUGGUAUUUGCCAUUAUCUUUGGCGUGGCCCUGCAGAAGCUGGGGCCCGAGGGAGAGCUGCUUAUCCGCUUCUUCAACUCCUUCAAUGACGCCACCAUGGUGCUGGUCUCCUGGAUCAUGUGGUAUGCCCCCGUGGGCAUCUUGUUCCUGGUGGCUGGCAAGAUCGUGGCCGUGGAGGACGUGGCGCUGCUCUUCACCAGUCUCGGCAAAUACAUCCUGUGCUGCCUGCUGGGCCACGCCAUCCACGGGCUCCUGGUGCUGCCCCUCAUCUACUUCCUCUUCACCCGCAAAAACCCCUACCGCUUCCUGUGGGGUAUCGUGACACCGCUGGCCACUGCCUUCGGGACCUCUUCUAGCUCGGCCACGCUGCCACUGAUGAUGAAGUGCGUGGAGGAGAGGAAUGGCGUCGCCAAGCACAUCAGCCGCUUCAUCCUACCCAUCGGUGCCACCGUCAACAUGGAUGGGGCGGCGCUCUUCCAGUGUGUGGCCGCAGUGUUCAUCGCACAGCUCAACCAGCAACCCCUGGACUUUGUGAAGAUCAUCACCAUCCUGGUCACCGCCACGGCGUCCAGCGUGGGGGCCGCGGGCAUUCCGUCUGGAGGUGUUCUCACUCUGGCCAUCAUCCUGGAGGCAGUCAACCUGCCAGUUCACGACAUCUCCUUGAUCCUGGCUGUGGACUGGCUAGUGGACCGAUCCUGCACAGUCCUCAAUGUGGAAGGUGAUGCCUUUGGGGCGGGACUCCUCCAAAAUUACAUGGAUCGUGCAGAGAUGCGGAGUUCGGUGCCAGAGUUGAUCCAAGUGAAGAGUGAGAUGCCCCUGGCUCCACUGCCCGCCCCCACUGAGGAGGGGAACCCCCUCCUCAAACACCGCCUGGGAUCUGCUGGAGAUGCAGACCCCUGCGAGAAGGAGUCGGUUAUGUAAACCCCAUGGGGACUUUCCCUGCGCUGAUGGGGGCACUCUGGACAUUGGGAUUGUGAACCGGGGUUCUGGAGGCCCUUCCUGCUGCACACUUAAGGGAUCCAGGGUCCCAGCCUCUCUCCCUGACAUCAGAUCUGGGAGGCCUCGAUGCUGGGGUAUCGGCGUGUGUGUGUGUGUGUGUGUGUGUGUGUGUGUUUUGCGGCUCCAUGGCACAUCCCACCCUGUCCUCAGGCCCUCUGUUCCCUCCGCUGUAACAAACACUCCUGGGGACCCUGCCAGGGUGGGGGAGACUGAGGACAAAUACUGCUGUCACUCCAAAGGACGUUUUUUAGCAAUAAAACUAUCAAGUGUAUCUCUUCGGAUGUUUCUAAGACCAAAAGCAUGAGCCACACAGAAAAAAACCGAACGUGACAAGUCAGAACCCACUGACAUAAGAUACCUGCUUGUCAAAAAACACCAUCGACGGGGCGCCCGGGUGGCUCAGUCGGUGAAGCGAUCUCGUAAAUGUUCCGUGUCUCGACGCGGGUGGUGCUCACACAGACGUAUGCAUUUGGGGAAGUUCGCCUGCACACUUAAGAUGCGCGCGAUUUUACCCCACGUGAUGCCAUCUUGCAGCUGAAAAGGUACAACUCACUCCUGGGAAGAGACUGACUUUCUGCUGUAGCCACUUACGGGUACUUCCCUGAUACUUGAACUCUAUCCAAUAGUGGCAGUAAUGACCUGCUCUCCCCCCCCCCUUUUUUUAUUUAAACCAGAAUUUGCUGUUUGAAUAAAAAACCUGCCGUGCAAGUG